AUGGACAUUCGUAACUAUUUCUCUGCACCAAACACAACCAAAAAACUAGAAAAGAAAACCUCUGCAGAGAAACCUUCUAAAGAUACUGCUAUAAAGAAAAAGAAACCCAAGCGCCGCAUUCCUGAUUCGGACGACGAGCUCAGUGAUCCCAAUAAGGCAUCAAAGUCAAAUACUUCUACUCCAUCACCAAGCGAAAGUGAGGAGAUUGUAAAUAAGAAAUCCGUGCGAAGUAUUCGUUCUAAAACUACAAAAUCCAAUUCAAAUGAGGUGGACGAUGAUGAAAUAUCUCCUUAUAACAGUACUUCAGAAAACCUAGAGAUAUUUUCCUCACCUAGGAGUUCAACAAGAAAAUCCACGCUUGUUGAAAGAAAAACACCCGAAACAACACCCAAAAAACGACAGUCUUUUGAAGCAAAUAUUUCUGAUGAUGACUACUUUCCACCUGAGGAAGAAGCUCUGCCUACCAAGAAAACGAAGCAUGAACAAAAGAACGUUGAAGAGAAAUCUCCUAGUAAACGCGCUAUUAAAUCACCACGGUCGAAGAAAGGAAAACCUCACGAUGUGGAUAAUGAUGACGAUGAAAUGAAUAUCGCUGAAACAACUGAUCAAAUUAAGAAUAAAACGGGUCCAACGGCCUCUGAAUCUAAAGAAAUACCUCAAGGCGAAGAUAUGUGCUUAUUUGGUAAAACCUUUGUUUUUACCGGUGAUUUAGAUACUUUGGACCGUGAGGAAGCUCAAGACAUUGUCAAACGUAAUGGAGGUCGUGUUACUUUACAGCCUAGUUCGAGAACUUCAUAUGUUGUUGUUGGAAAAGAUCCAGGACCAAAAAAAAUGGAAAAAGUUGAACAGUUCAAAAUCCCUACUUUGAAUGAGGAACAACUCUUAGAAUUGAUUAGAACAUCCCCAAAAAAGUCUAGUUCUGAUGUUGCUAGUAUAAAGAAAUCUCCAAAAUCAAAGGCCCCUAUUACGAAAAUUUCCGAAGCGAUUGCAUCAGUCACUUCAACUGAUGCAAAUGGUACCCAAUUGUGGACAGAAAAAUAUCGACCAAAACAUCUCAGAGAUUUUUGCGGUAAUCAAAACCUCGUAAAAGAUAUGAUAAAAUGGCUCAGCGGAUGGAAUGAGAAAAGCUUCAAGUUUAAGAGCAAAGAGUGGAUGCCUGCAUUAUUGAUUUCUGGUCCUCCCGGAAUUGGUAAGACAUCCUCUGUUCAUCUUAUUGCAGGUCUUGAAGGGUACGAAGUGAUUGAACUUAACGCUAGCGACACUCGAAGUAAAAAGACACUGGAGGCUGCUAUCAAAGUGGCGACAAAAAAUACAUCGAUUACCGGUUUCUUUUACCCAGUCAACGAUAAGACUUCAGGCAAGGCAAAAGCAAAAGAUGUACAGAAAAAGAGAACACUUAUCUUAAUGGACGAACUUGAUGGAAUGUCUUCUGGUGAUAGAGGUGGUAUCGCUGAACUUAUCCAAUUGAUCAAAAAAACAAGGAUACCGAUCGUUUGUGUAUGCAAUGACAUCAACUCUCAAAAAUUCAAGUCGUUAAAAACCUAUUGUCAUGAGGCGAGAUUUUCCAAACCGCGCGUUGAACAAAUCAGAUCAAGAAUCAUGACAAUUGCAACAAGAGAAAAUUUAGAAAUUCGACCAACUGAUGUUGAUGAACUCAUUAGAGGAUCAAACUCUGAUAUUCGUCAAAUUUUGAACAUUCUAUCUUCAUGGAAAAUUAACCACGAUUCUAUUGACUAUGAUGAGAUAAAGGCUUUAAACAAAACUAACGAGAAACAUCUUAGAAAGAGUCUCUUUGAAAUUUCCAAAGAUUUUUUGAGCAACGACAUCUGGAAAUCUCGUAAGAACACUUUCAAUGAUAAAAUGAAACUAUACUUUCAAGAACACGAUCUAAUUCCUUUAAUGAUCUUUGAGAAUUAUAUAAAAAUGAAACCUCAUACCAUUACUAAGUUCAUCAAAAAACAUGAUAACGAAGAUAUCAAACCAGAUGUUUUAGAAAAGCUUGCAUCUUUGGAAGCUUUUGCAAAAGCAGCUGAUUCCAUGUCUUAUGGCGAUAUGGUUGAUAAAAGGAUUCGUGGACCGAGACAAGAAUGGAAUCUUAUGCCAAUGCAUGGAUACUUUUCUACAAUUGCACCCGCAUAUUAUGUUCAUGGUUUUAAUAAAGGGGGUCAAUUUGGUCAAUAUAAAUUUCCAAGCUGGUUAGGACAAAAUUCUAAAGCUCAAAAGAUUCAGCGUCAAUUGAAAGAAAUUCAGAGUCACAUACGAACCAAAGUUUCUGCCGAUAGGGGUGAAAUUCGUGAAAGCUAUAUUCCUACUCUUAGGAAGGCUCUUAUAAAGCCUUUGGUUGUCAAUAAAGCAGAUGGUAUGAUCGAUGUCAUUAAUUUUAUGAAUCAAUAUAUGAUAACCAAAGAGCAAUUCGACACCAUCAUGGAAUUUAAGGAUGAGCAAACGCGCUAUAAUGUCGUGGGAGUCGUGGUGCAAGUCGUGGUACAAGUCGUGGUGGAAGUCGUGGUGGUCGUGGAAGUCGAGGUAGCCGUAAAGAGCGCAAAUGAAGUGAUUUUAUAG